AUGCCGGGGAAUCUGGCGACCCAAGAGACUACAGAAACCGUCGCCGCGGUGGAUCCUCUCGUAUGUGAAGCUGGACGGAUAAACCUGAACGACCAUCAGUCUUCAUACGUCGAGAGUGACCACUGGAAAGCCAUCCUGGAUGAGAUUAGUGACCUGAAAGACAUGGUACAGGAACAAGUUGAAGAACCACAACAUACUGAGCCAACACUCCCUGGAAAUGACCUAUUUCUUCUCCAAACAUACCCAGUUACAAAAAUGGAUAUCGUCGCUGCAAUUCCGCCCCGCAUAAUUGUCGAUAGCAUGAUCUCGAAAUACUUCAAAUGGGCGGACAUGCCCGUCUCACUUGUCAUUCACCGCAAGGUCUUUAUCAAACAAUACGAAGCGUUUUGGGAAGAUCCGCUUUCGACGUCAACCAUGUGGCUGACUAUAUUAUACGGCAUGAUGUAUACAGUAGCCUAUUGUACGCUAUUCAUGAACGGCGGUGCGGCCUCAUUGGACGAGACAACAGCAGCCGAAUAUCACAGCCUGAUCAUCCUCUCACGAGAGAAGAUGAUACAAUGUCUUAGGCUAGGUAACUACAUGAAGGGCGUACCGCAUACCAUCGAGGCCUUACUGGCUUUCCUUCAGAGCGAAUACGUUCAAGGCGAAGACACACAACAGGGCUGUUGGCAAUUGACGGGCGUCAUAAUACGCGUAGCGCUCAAGAUGGGCUACCACCGCGAUGGCUCGCAUUUCCCGCAGAUGAGUGUCUAUGAGGCCGAAAUGUGCAGGCGUACCUGGUAUAUCCUCACCUAA